ACUGAAGUUAGUGGAAUAAUAUAUUUUUGAAGCAGCAGGGGAUAAUUUGGAACAAAUUUACGAAGUACACAAAACCAUUUAAAUACAAUCAGUAUAAAAUUAAUUUAAAAAAGUAAUCGUUAUGCGGCGAAUUAUAAUAAAGUUUUAUAAAUUUGUAAGAAAAAGUAAUAAUUGCGAAAAAAAAGAAGUUAAGAAAUAGAUGGCGUGUGAAAUAAUUUUUGAUAAGAUAGUGCAAGUGAACCCUUUCUUCAACUUAGAGCCAGUUUGAAGGGUCGCACAACAUUUGAAUAUGAUAAGUCAAACGUCAGAGGAAUUUAUCAUGACUGCACCAACAAAUACAACAAAAAUAUCAAAUCAAGACUUAAAACCACAGAAGUUAAACGCUAGAACGUUUGAUUUUCUUUGGUGGCGUGAUUCACGACGUAAGAACGUAUUAAAAAAGGAAGAGAACCAAAAGAAAAAAGAAGAUUUGAUAGAAGUUAAAAUCAUUGAAAGUAAAACAAAAAAUACGUUUUUUCAUAAAACAUCUUUCGAUUUUUUUAAAAAUAUUAAAAAACAUAUGCAAAUCAAAAAGUUGACACAUAAAUCAAAGCAAAGAAUAAAAGAAAUUGAAACAUCUAGCCUACAAAAUGAUAUGAAUUAUGAUCCAUCAGCAAUUCAAAACAACAGAUCUACAAUUUUUACAGAAGAGAAUAUGUCUGAGUUAAAAUAUGAAGACAUUGUUAAAAAUUCUGAUAUUCUAAAUAGCAAUGAAACUUUGACAGAUAUAGAAAUAUCAAAAAAUCAAUACACUUCAGAAGAUUUAAAUAAAAUUAUAAAAGAUUAUAGAGAUAUUGAAGAAAAAUUAGAAGAUAUUAAUGAACGAAUUACUAAUAAGUUCCAAACAAAUAUUAAUAAUGAAAAUAUUUCUAACAUAUUUCGAUCAUGUUCCAGUAAUGAAAUAGAACAAUUAGAAUCGAGAAUAAUAAUAGAAAAUAAUACAGUAACACAUCAAGUUGAAAGAAUUACAGAAAGUACAGAGACUAGUAGAAAUAAUGAUAAUAAAGUAAAAGCAAGUCUUACAGAAGAAUUGCUUAAAUUAAGUAAUUAUGGAUGGUAUUGGGGUCCAAUAUCAGGAAAUGAAGCUGAUGCCAAACUUCUAUCUGAACCAGAUGGUGCAUUUUUAGUAAGGGACUCUUCAGAUGACAGAUAUGUCCUAACACUUAGCUUUAAAUCAUCUGGCAAACUACUUCAUGCUCGUAUGGAACAUAGUGGUGGUUUAUUUUCUUUAUGCAACCAAAGUGAGAGUGAAGGAUUUAGUUCAGUAGCUGAUUUAAUUGAUUAUUCAAUGAAUUUUAGUCAGUCUGCAGUCUUUUGCUAUUCACGACCUAAAUAUCCUGGUCAUCCAUCUUUUCCAGUUAGAUUAACAAAGCCAGUAAGCAGAUUUACGCAAGUUCGAAGUUUGCAAUAUCUUUGUCGUUUUGUCAUACGUCAAAACACUAGAUUAGAUAAUAUUCAUAAGUUGCCUUUACCAAAAACAAUCAAAGGUUAUAUUGAAGAAGCACAUUAUUAAUAUUGGCUUUUUUGGAAAAUAUUUGUUAUAGUAUAAAAUAUACUAUAAUAUUGAUAAUAU